AUGUCGAAAUCAAUCCUAGUCACAGGAGCUACAGGCAAGCAGGGCGGCGCCGUCAUCGACGCCCUCCUGGCCGAGAAUGCAGACUUCACGAUCCUGGCUCUCACGCGCACGAAAGCUUCCGCCUCAGCCGAGAAGCUCGCGCAGAAGUCCCCCAAGAUCAAGCUCGUGGAGGGGAACAUGGAUGACUGUCCCGCAAUCUUCGAGAGCGCCAAGGAAGUCACCUCCGAGCCGAUAUGGGGUGUCUUCAGCGUCCAGGUCCCCAUGGGCAAAGGCGCCUCCCCCGAAACCGAAGAGCGCCAAGGCAAAGCCCUAAUCGACGCUUCCCUCGCCGCCGGGGUCUCCUUCUUCGUCUACGCGUCCGUCGACCGCGGCGGUGACAAGUCCUCUUCCAACCCAACCUACAUCCCGCACUUCAUCAGCAAGCACAACAUCGAGAAGCAUCUCGAGACGCAGACCGCCAACGGCGAGAAGAUGGGCUAUUGCGUCCUGCGACCCACCGCUUUCUUCGAUAACAUGACGCCGGACUUUAUGGGCAAGGGCUUUAACACCGCGUGGAAGGUUGCGGUCAAGGAGCGCCCGCUACAGCUUAUCGCUGUGAGGGAUAUUGGCGUGUUCGCGGCCAAGGCGUUCAUAAAUCCAGAAGAGUACAGUGGGAAGUAUAUCUCGCUUGCCGGCGACGAGCUAUCCUUCCCCGAAGCCGCGAAGGUCUUCAGGGAGAAGACGGGCGAUGAAAUACCAACGACUUACGAAUUCUUGGCGCAUGGCAUGCUGUGGGCCGUGAAGGAGAUGGGGCUGAUGAUGAAGUGGUUCUAUGAGGAGGGAUAUGGUGCGAAUAUAGGGGAGCUGAAGAAGACGCAUCCGGAUCUGCUGGACUUUGGAGCGUGGCUCGAGACACAAAGCGGGUUUCACACGAAGUAG